AGGAAACACAUAAUCAUCAAAGCUUGUAGAUGAAGAGCAAGAACUCCGGCGCCGGAUGUGUACCACGUGUAAAAACCAGCUCCAGAACCGCUGGUGAUCGGGAGAUUAGUGUAACGUCUCUGACUCUCCUAGACCGUUUUCGCGAAGCUGUUCUCCGCCUCAUCAUGAUAUCUGCCGUCUCCAAGUCAACAUCUCGCCGUCAUAAUAACAAACAGACGCCAACCCAAAAGUACUAUAACACCACUGAUACUUAUCACAGCGAAGCCGUGGCUGACUGUAUCGAGUUUAUCAGAACCAAGAAGGCCAUCAUCCACCAGGAAAACGACCGCUAAGGCCCUCACUUCUUCUAUUCUUCAUUGUCGCCUGUUGUAUUAGCAAAAUUAUUAUUAGGUGAAAUAAAGGUUACCGUGUAUA